AUGACUUCGAACUUGAUCCACAGUUUCACAUGCAAGAAAAUCCCUUUCAUUACAUUGCUAUGUACUGUUAUUUGUUUCUUUCUUCAGGUUCAGCACUGGCUUAAUCAAUUGUGUGAAGAGCUGAGUGAACGUCUUCAAUCUAACUUGGAACAAAAUAAGCGUAUUGCACGCACAUUGACUCUGCAUGCUAGAGCAUACAAGGGUGAUUUGGAUUCGCAUAAAAACUUGCCUUCUAAAUCCUGUCCACUAAGAUAUGGGGCUGCAAAGAUUCAAGGAGAUGCUGUAAAUCUGUUUCAAGCUGGAUUGCGUGAAUAUAUUGGCUUUCACAAUAAUAAGGGAAGCCAAAACAGCAGUUGGGGAAUAACAUCACUUUCUGUUGGUGCAAGUAAAAUGGUCACCACACCAUCUGUAGGUUUGAAUUGUUGUGUAAAUAUAAGCUGUAUUUCUUGUGUUCAACUUGUGGCCUCUGACAUAGGGUCACCUUGAAAUAGUGAGCUGCGGUGCUGGAUUUCAAAGUUGAAAGAACUCUGCAAUAAGAUGCUAUUUGCUUGUUCCCUCAGUUAUUGAUACAACUUGGGCUGUAAAUUAGUUCAUCAUUUCAUUUAGAUGCUUUCAUAUGUUGACAUAUUUAGUUGAAGCAUUUGAAUUGAACCAGGCUAGUUGCCUGUGAUAAUAUGAGGU